AUGGCUACGACCACCAGCAACGCCGCCUUUGAUGAUGGCCUUGCCAUGGUGGAGGAGACUCUCAUCUGCCUGGAGCUUGACGGAGAAGACGAAAAGGUCAAUCAGCAUUUGGAGGCCAUCUACACGAAACUCAAACCAUUCCAAGAGCGACAAGCCGCCAAAAAGAAGGCCCAGAAAGCCGCCAUAGGGCAAGCCACCGAAUCCUCAUUGUCCAAAAUCCCUGCAAGAUCUUUUCCUUUGUCGGGAUGGGCCACUAUGCCUUUGUGGGAGCCGUCAACAAACAAUUCAAUCAACUCUACAAGGCAUUCUGUGACAGUGUACCUCUCCCCGAUCGUCCACUGCUGA